UUUAACCUUACAAAAAUGACGGUAAGAAAAAUGUACCAUUACAAGUCAGGAUUACCAAAUCUACUUGUCAGCUCUGCUUUAUUUUUGCUUGUAUUUUUAUGUUAUGAUGAUGAUGAUGAUGAUGAUGAGAAAACCGAGGCCUUGAUCACUACUCUUUCCCUCUUCCACUCAUUGUCGGUCACAAAUUCCUUGUCGAAAUCCAAAACCCAAACCCUAAAAAAUAACACUAUGUUUCUUAUCGAUUGGUUCUACGGCGUUCUUGCCUCCCUCGGCCUCUGGCAGAAAGAGGCUAAGAUCCUCUUUCUCGGCCUCGAUAAUGCCGGUAAAACCACCUUGCUCCAUAUGUUGAAAGACGAGAGAUUGGUUCAGCAUCAGCCAACUCAGUACCCCACAUCGGAAGAACUCAGUAUUGGGAAAAUUAAGUUCAAAGCUUUCGACUUGGGUGGUCAUCAGAUUGCUCGCAGAGUCUGGAAAGAUUACUAUGCUAAGGUGGAUGCUGUGGUGUACCUGGUAGAUGCCUAUGAUAAAGAGAGGUUUGCAGAAUCAAGGAAGGAACUCGACGCACUUCUUUCGGAUGAGUCCCUCGCCAAUGUGCCGUUUCUUAUUCUAGGAAACAAGAUCGAUAUACCGUAUGCCGCCUCAGAGGACGAGUUACGUUACCAUCUCGGGCUCACAAACUUUACCACCGGCAAGGGCAAAGUAAACCUAGCCGACUCAAAUGUCCGUCCGCUAGAGGUGUUUAUGUGCAGCAUUGUCCGCAAAAUGGGAUACGGCGAUGGCUUCAAAUGGAUGUCUCAGUAUAUCAAGUAAGGUAACGAUCCAAGAAACGUGUUCGGAUGUCCCAAACUCCGAUUCCAUCUCAUCACGCCGGACUUGAGGAAAAAUUCAUCAAACUGUUUGAACCAGUCCCUUAGUGGGUUUGUAAGUUUGAUGUAUUCUGUUUCACAAAAAAAAAAACUCGAUGUAUGCUGGUUUUGGAUCUGUAAAAUCUACUUGUGGCAGCAAAUCGAUAGUAUUGUAGUUUUGUCAAUUAGCUUCCAUAUCAUAACCACGUGUAAAAGUUAUAUUAUUUUUAAGGGUUAAAUACUCAAUUCA